UGUGCUUUGUGUCUGGUUCCUUCCUUUUCUGCCUUCUCUCCUGCUUUCUAGCUCUGGGCUUUCCCAGCUCCAAAGUCAAUACUGAGAUCCCAGAUGUGUCCAGAGACAUCCUGAAGAGGCUCGGGGGUGAAGGAGCCUUAGUGUGUCCACAAAGAGACUCCUCAAACCGACUGAGAGCCAGCGGAUUUGCCAGCGGUCUGCGUCUACCGAGUCUUCCUCCACCUCAAUCUCUGUUGCUAUGGAGACUACCAAUGGAACUGAGACCUGGUAUGAGAGCCUGCAUGCCGUGCUGAAGGCUCUAAAUGCCACUCUUCACAGCAAUUUGCUCUGCCGGCCAGGGCUGGGGCCAGACAACCAGACUGAAGAGCGGCGGGCCAGCCUACCUGGCCGUGAUGACAACUCCUAUAUGUACAUUCUCUUUGUCAUGUUUCUAUUUGCUGUAACUGUGGGCAGCCUCAUCCUGGGAUACACCCGCUCCCGCAAAGUGGACAAGCGUAGUGACCCCUAUCAUGUGUACAUCAAGAACCGUGUGUCUAUGAUCUAACACGAGAAGGCUGGGAUGGUGGAAGACCAAGACACCUGGGGAUUGCGUCUGGCGCCUCCAGAACUCUGCUGUGGACUGCAUCGGGUCUCAGUGUCCCUAUCUGUAAGAUCAACAAGAAACAGGGCUAAGGGAGGUCAUCACUGGGGUGGAAGAAGAGGGGUUGGUAGACUGAAGCCUUGUGCAUAAGGAUUUUUUCCCAGGAAAAGAUAGACUUUAUAAACAGUGGGAGCCCGUGAACAAAUAUAUAAAAGUAGCAACAGAUAAUGACCAA